AUGGCACAGACCACAGCCUUGGGAGAGAAGAGAAUGGGCUUGAGUGCCAGUCGAAAGGAGGACUACAAUAAGCUGAUCCUCGCCAUCCAACGUGGAGACCUAGAUGACAUUGAAGAGCUCCUCAGCACAGGCCUUAAGAUAAACAAGCCGGUUGAUUCUACAUCGCUCUUGUAUAAUGCUGUGGAAGGUGGUCACGUGAACGUAGUCAAAUUGUUAAUCAACUGCGGAAGUGAUGUCAAUAUCGGUAGGAUCAAUGACUCUGUUGUUGCCAACUUGAUGCCAAGCACAAUGUAUGAAAUCGACAGCCCACUUCACCUUGCGUGUAAGCUUGGUCAUGUUGACAUUGUUCUCGAAUUACUGUCGUGUGGAGUAGAUGUAAACAGAACUAACCAGUACGGUAUGACAACAGUAUGGAAAAUGGCGGCCGAGGGUAAACACGACAUGUUAAAACUUCUUCUACGACACCCAAAUGUGGAUGUCGCUUUGCCAUCGGGAGAUAACUGCAUCCCUCAACUAAACAGCCACACCACGCCACUGAUAAUGGCAGCCAGAGAAUCACAUGACGCAGUAGCGACAUUGUUAUGUCAGCACCCUUCGAAUGACGUCAACCGGGCGGAUACACAGGGGCGGACAGCUCUGCAUUACGCCGCGUUUAACGGUAACGACCAAAUGACAGCCAUGUUGCUUUGGAGAGGUGCGAAAAUCGACAGUGUGGACGAGGAUAGGGUGACUCCUCUAUACACCGCUUGUAAACACGGUCACACAGACAUAGUCAAGAGGCUGCUAGUGGCAGGUGCUGACACAUCUAUCGCAAUACGCACUGAUUCUAGCAACAACGGCUUCUCCCCGCUUCACAUCGCAGUAUUCCAGGGUCACAUGGAUGUAGUACGAUUGCUGUGUGACUUUAACCCGGAAAUGAUUGACAUGAGCACAGCCAAAGAAAAGACACCUUUAAUCCUCGCUUGUUACGCUGGAAGACGGGACGUCGUGUUGUUCUUACUUCAGCGAGGUGCUAAUUCUAACGUUACAGAUGCCUUUCACCAGACGCCCCUUCUGUAUGCACUUAGUCAUGGAAUACAGGCGGAGGCAAGCAAAAGUAUUUUUAAUGACGAUAAAAACGAUAAAGUGCCUAAGGAUCAGAUACGUUUGGAUGAUGUUAGUCGUAAUCAGUCCCCAUUCAGUUUGUAUAAUGAGUUUGAUUUACGUGACGAUAUUAAUAACAAUGAUGAUAUUUCUAUUUUGGAACUUCUUAUUCGUCAUGGUGCUGAUGUCAAUACUUUAGACAUCCAUCAACGUUCUGUCGGUUUCUACAGCAUAACGAAAGGAACUCUACCUCAGUGUGUUAUGAUGAUGAAAUACGGUGCUGAUAUACACCCUUUUGAUAUAGUGAGCUUCUCAAAGAUGGCGAACUGUGACAAAUUGAAAGCCUUAAUUCAAAUUGAUCUGCGAUUUAGAAAUGUUGCCAAGAUGUGUUGCAAACAUCAGGACAUAGAACGAACUCUUGAACGCAGUCUGGAACACGAACUGACCAAUCCCCCUAGUCUAAAAGUGCAAUGUCGGCAUGUUAUACGUAAAACAUUGUUGUUGAAGCAAAAUGGCGCUUUACACAAGCAAACUCAGGAACUACCUAUACCCAAAUUACUCAAAUGGUAUAUUUUACUUAAUGACGUAUGCAAUCAAUUUGAUGUAGCAUCUAAAUAUACAUAA